AUGAGCGCCUGGACGCGGCCGCGCACCACCCUCGCCGGGCUCGCCACCGUCGCGCGCCUCUGCCCGAAGCUCGACUGGCUCGGGUGGGAGCUGGACGCGUCCCUCGAUGCGCUGCCCCCCGCGCGGCUCGAGCGGCGGCCGGGCCUCGGGAUGGUCCCGCGGCAUGUCUUCACACUCAACGUCGGGCUGUCGCCGAUCGAGGACCCGUGGGCGGUCGCCGCGUUUCUGUCGGACAUAUUCCCGUGGCUAGAGAGCAUCGACCAUGGCUGGAAGGCCCUCGAGUUCGACCAGCCGGAUGGUCAGAUUGACCAGUGGGGCCUCGAGCGCGAGGGGUGGUCUCUCCCAAAGCGGUAUGGGGUCCGAUGGGAGAACGCGCGCGCGCUUAUAGCCAAGUUCGCAAAGAUCAGGGGGCAUGAGAGAGCGUGGAAGAGGGAGAAGACGGGCGAGAAGGCGCCCGAGUACCAGCUCGAGUUGGGCGAAGAUCCCGAAGAAGAGAGUGAUUGA